UACAGUAGGAGUAGCAUCAGUACUAACAGAUACAUCUGAGCUGAAGUCUGAGAGACCCCGAGAGAGAGAGAGAGAGAGAGAGAGAGAGAGAGAGAGGGAGAGAGGGAGAAUGAGGCUCAGCACUGACUUCUCCAGCAGGGAGACCUACACAAUGAGGUGUCUAAUUCCACUGUGUGUGUUGAUAUUACAAGUGGGCCAAAGUAGGAGCCAAUCAACAGGUCAUGUAACUACUAUCUCAACAACAGUGGCCCACAAUAGGAGCCAAUCAACAGCAGCGGAUUUAAAUAGAACCCAAUCAACAGCAGGUCAUGUAACUACUAUCUCAACAACAGUGGCCCACAAUAGGAGCCAAUCAACAGCAGCGGAUUUAAAUAGAACCCAAUCAACAGCAGGUCAUGUAACUACUAUCUCAACAACAGUGGCCCACAAUAGGAGCCAAUCAACAGCAGCGGAUUUAAAUAGAACCCAAUCAACAGCAGGUCAUGUAACUACUAUCUCAACAACAGUGGCCCACAAUAGGAGCCAAUCAACAGCAGCGGAUUUAAAUAGAACCCAAUCAACAGCAGGUCAUGUAACUACUAUCUCAACAACAGUGGCCCACAAUAGGAGCCAAUCAACAGUAGCGGAUUUAAAUAGAAUCCAAUCAACAGCAGGUCAUGUAACUACUAUCUCAACAACAGUGGCCCACAAUAGGAGCCAAUCAACAGCAGCGGAUUUAAAUAGAACCCAAUCAACAGCAGGUCAUGUAACUACUAUCUCAACAACAGUGGCCCACAAUAGGAGCCAAUCAACAGCAGCGGAUUUAAAUAGAACCCAAUCAACAGCAGGUCAUGUAACUACUAUCUCAACAACAUCAGCGGAUUUAAAUAGAACCCAAUCAACAGGUCCCUUUUACCCAUAUGGAACUGGAGACAUUGUAAAUGCACGGAUAGAUGAUGGAAGUUCAUCACUUAUUGUUCUUCAGCAAGCAUUUAUAUAUUUUGGAAGCUCAUACAACCAAGUGUUUGUGAACAACAAUGGCCAUCUAACCUUUGAUCAAGCUUGGUACAGUUACACUCCCUACCAAUUCCCUGUGAAUGGUGGACGAGACAUAAUUGCUCCAUUUUGGACCGACAUUGAUAAUCGUGGAAACGGUGUCAUCUCAUAUCAUCAGUUCACUUCGGGCAGUGUUCUGACUCAAGCUACUCAAAACAUAAAUCAGUAUUUCCCCCAGCUGAGUUUCAGUGCUACUUGGGUCUUUGUCGCAACAUGGGAUAGAGUAGCCUACUAUCCGUUUACUAAUACGGAAACAUCUUUCCAAGUAGUUUUGAUUUCCAACGGCCAUUAUUCAUUUAUUCUGAUGAACUAUGGUGUGAUUGCUCCAACAACCCGGAAUGUGCAGGCUGGUUAUGACACAGUUGACUCCAGCUACUAUUUCUCAAUUCCUGGGUCAUUUCAAUACAACUAUCAAAGUUUUACCUAUAGCAGCAAUGUGAAUGUCCCAGGCAGAUGGGCUUUCCGUGUAGAUCAAGGAUCACGGGGCUGUCAGUUUAAUGGUAACUUUGUGCAACUAGGUGCCAUAUUCUGGACAGAUAACACUUGCCAGCGUAAAUGCACUUGCACCCGCAGUGGUCUCCAGUGCAUCUCACAGCCAUGUACAUUUGCUCAAGCUUGUCGACAGACUGCUUUACAGUAUAGCUGCCAAAAUGUACAACGCCGAACUUGUACUAUUUCUGGAGAUCCCCACUACUAUACAUUUGAUAAUCAAAUCUUUCACUUUCAAGGAACCUGCACUUACAUCUUGUCUGAGGCCUGUGUCAACAGCUUGCCUUACUAUCGCAUUGAAGGAAAAAAUGAGCAUCGAGGCAGUGCACAUGUGUCCUGGACACGCCUGGUCAGGGUAUUUGUCUAUGACGAGAUACUGGAAUUAGUAAAAGAUCAUCCAUAUGAGGCCAAGGUGAAUGGAACCUUCGCAGCAACACCUUUCAGUCUUCGCAAUGGCACUAUUCAAGUUUAUCAGUCAGGUUUUUCUAUUGUAAUCAGUACAGCAUUUGGACUAGUUGUUACAUAUGAUGCAUAUUCAUAUGCAACCAUCAAUGUGCCUUAUGACUACCAAAAUGCCACAUGUGGCCUGUGUGGUAACUUCAACUACCAACCAGAUGACUUUCGCACACCUUCAGGAGAAAUCCUAAGCUCAGACGUGGGCUUUGGAGACUCCUGGAAGGCAGUGAGAGACACAGAUCCUGGCUGUCAGAUUAGAGGGUGCUCAGGUCUGGCAUGUGCAGGUUGUACAACAUAUCAGAGCAACCUUUACAGUAACUCAGACCACUGUGGAAUCUUGGGAGAUGCUAGUGGUCCUUUUGCCAGUUGCCACUCUAUUCUGUCACCACACACAUUUUUAGACAGCUGUGUCUACGAUCAAUGUGUGGGUGGUGGAUACCAACCAAUUCUGUGUCGAUCAAUCGGUGUUUAUGCUACACAGUGUCAACAGCGGGGCAUACAGCUAGGUCAAUGGAGAAGAACAGGAUUUUGUGAAUUGCCAUGCCCGGAGCACAGUCACUAUGAGUUCCAGGGAACAAGCUGCCCAGCAACAUGCAGCAACCCUUCUUCACCUUUAAAUUGCACCUUACCAUAUCAGGAAAGCUGUAUCUGUGAUGCAGGUUAUGUCCUAAGUGGAGGUACAUGUGUUCAUCAAAGUAACUGUGGCUGCACUUUUAAUGGACUUUAUUAUGUUGAGGGUCAAUCAGUGGUAUUGGACAAUGACUGUGGCAGGCUAUGCACCUGCAGCAACAUGGUAAUGACCUGCCAACAUCAUCAAUGUGGUCCACAGGAGGUGUGUACCAUCAAUAAUGGUGUAAGGGGCUGCAGACCUACCAGUUACGCCACCUGUUGGGUUGACCGUCUAGGCUCAUAUCACACCUUUGAUGAAGUAGAUUUCAGGUAUCAAGGAGCCUGUGAACUCAUCCUCACCAGAGUUAAUGAAUCAUCACCACUACCUAACUUUGCGGUAACACUGCAGAGAGUCCCCAUGGGUCCUAUUGGGUUUUCUAAGAUCCUGAGAUUUGAGGCAGGGGGAUUUCAGAUAUCUCUAGAAAUGAGAGAAGGAGGAAAUAUACAGGUUGAUGGACGCUUAGUUGCUCUACCCUACAGUGUUGGCAAUGGUCAAAUCCUUAUCUAUCAUAGCAGUGUGAACAGUAUAAUUAUGGAAACUUCAUUUGGGGUAACUGUAAGGUCUGACUGGUCGCACCUAAUUAGAAUCACAGCACCCAACACCUACACUGGUGCACUUACUGGUCUGUGUGGGAAUUUCAAUGGAAACUUAGAGGACGAGUUUUAUGGCCCUGGUGGAGUCUUAUUAAAUAGUUCACAGGAGUUUGGGGAUAGCUGGAGAAAUGGAUCUCUUUCAGCCUUCUGCAUAGACUCAAAUGUACAACCAGGAGAGAGCAGCAGCAACUUCACUGAACACUGCAACAUCAUGGCUUCUCGAGAUGGACCAUUUGCUCAAUGCCAUAGCAUCCUGGACCCUCAGAUUUGGAUAAGAAAUUGCAGAGACAAUUUGGGACAGACCCAUGGUGCCAGAGAAUCCAUGUGUGAGGCUCUACGAGCCUACGCUGUACUCUGCCAGCAAAGUGGCGUCAGUGUAGGAGAAUGGAGAAAUAUCACCAACUGUGCUUUCCAGUGCCCAGCCUACAGUCACUAUGAGGAAUAUUCAUGCCCUGCAGCCUGUCCUAGUCUGUCUUUUCCAUUCCCUUGUACCCGGCUCUGCCAGGAGGGAUGCCAGUGUGAUAAUGGGCUAGUGCUAAGUGGAGACCAGUGUGUCCCCCCUACGGGUUGUGGGUGCUUUCAUGAAGGCCGCUACAGACAGAGUGGCGAGCAGUUCUGGUUUGGUCAGCAGUGCCAGUUCCAUUGUGUCUGUGAUGGGACAUCAGGUUUUGUCAACUGUAGUUCAUCAUCUUGCCAAGAUCAUGAAAUAUGCCAUGUCAUUGACGGAGAAUAUGGCUGCCAUCCUCGACCCAGUGCCACAUGCUCUGCUUCAGGGGACCCCCAUUACACUUCUUUCGAUGGACAUAGAUUUGACUUCCAGGGCACAUGCCACUAUACACUGGCAACUGUAUGUAAUGAUACUCUAGGACUACCAUAUUUUCAAGUCAUUGCACGAAAUGAAGCAUGGAAUGGACUCUCAGUGUCAAUCACUGUGGAAGUUUAUGUCAAUGUUUCAGGACACCUGGUACAUGUUUCACAUGACAUGUAUGGCACAGCUGAGAUUGACAGUGAAACCAGGAAUCUUCCUGCUGUUCUCGACUCUGGCCGUGUGUCAGUUUCCUCCAGUGGAAGAAAUACAUUUAUUACAACUGACUUUGGCCUAAGUGUGAGCUAUGAUGGCUCUUGGGUAGUUCUAAUCACAGUUCCAGGGAAUUACAGUGGAGCCACAUGUGGCCUCUGUGGUAACUUCAAUGGUGACAGCAAUGAUGAUUUCCGUUUGCAAUCUGGCAGGCUCAGUUUUUCUGCUGCAGAGUUUGGAGCUGACUGGAAAGUGGGGAAUGAAACAAGAUGUGAUGGUGGAUGUGGAGACUCCUGCCCAUCAUGCCAAAACCCCUCUAGAGCACAGUCUCUGUGUGGAAUCAUAACAGACAAUCAGGGACCUUUGAGUUUUUGUCAUGCUGAUGUUGAUCCACUUGCCUAUUAUAACGACUGUGUCUUUGAUCUAUGCCUGUCUGAGCACAGAAACGAUGUACUGUGCCGAUCCAUUGAGACAUAUGUUAGUGCCUGCCAGUCUGCCAAUGUCAGGAUUUAUCCCUGGAGAGAAAAUACAACAUGUCGCAUAAUCUGCCCUGCGAACAGUCACUAUGAGCUGUGUGGCUCUGACUGUGGUCAUACCUGUACCAGCAGCAUAAAUGUCACAUGUGAGAGAACAUGCAGAGAGGGUUGUUUCUGUAAUGAAAGCUUUGUAAGGAGUGGAAGCAACUGUGUGCCUGUAGAGCAAUGUGGUUGCUCGUAUAACGGAUUCUACUUCCAGAUUGGUGAACAGUUCUGGACUGAACAUUGUUUACAACACUGUGAGUGCUUAGGAGCCAAUAACUUGCACUGCAUCUCCACCCCCUGCUCUUCCACUGAGGAGUGUGUGAUCAGGAAUGGUAGACUUGGCUGCUACAGUCAAAUGUCAACUUGCAUGGUCACAGGAGAUCCUCAUUAUUAUACCUUUGAUGGCAAUGUGGCCCACUUUCAGGGUACUUGUUCAUAUGAGAUUUCUCAGACAUGUGGGAAUGUCUCUGACAAUGGUCUACAAUUCAGAGUGGUGGCAACCAACAUGCAUCGUGGGAGCACAGUUGUGUCCUUUGUCUCUGUAGUAGAUUUGUGGCUAACUAAACAACAAGAGCAAACACAAAUUACAAUUGGAAAAAACAGGAAAAUAAAGGUUAAUGGGAAUGCAGUGAAUUCAUCUACUUAUCAAAUCAGUAACCUUGCAGAAAUAUAUCAGAAGCAGAAUUUUAUAGUUGUGAAUGCAUCGCAUGAGCUCAUGGUCUACUUUGAUGGUCAGUUUACACUAUUGGUGAGAUUGGGCCCAAGCUUCCAUGGGUCUGUGUGUGGGAUGUGUGGUAACAAUAAUGGAGAUCCUACAGAUGACAAGACCCGACCAAAUGGAGAACGUGCACAGAAUGAUAUUGCUUUUGGCAACAGCUGGAAAUCAAACACAAGUGGCCCAGGAUGUGGUGCUAGUGACCAGCCUGUUAAUGCUAAUGACUGCCCCUUCAGAGAGGAGUACUCUGCACUCUGUAACAUCAUCACCAACACCAGUGGACCAUUCCAACAUUGCCAUUUCCGUAUCAGCCCUGAAUCCUACUUCAAUUCCUGUGUAUAUGACUUAUGUGCUUACCCAGAGUCAUUGGGACAAGACUUGCUGUGUUCAGCUGUGGAGGCUUAUGAUGCUGCUUGCACUAUGCUGGAGCUCAUGAUCCCAAACUGGCGCUCUGAUCUGUCUUGCUCGAGAAUGGACCCCUGUGAAGAUCUACACUGUACUGAGGAUGAGUGGUGUGGGGAGAAAGAUGGCAACUAUGGUUGCUUCUGUAACGAAAAUUAUCUCAGACAAAAUCCCGAUAGUUAUGACUCUAUUGAAAUAUGUGAGAGCAGCUCUGGCAACAUGUCUCUGUCACGCUGUCAGCUGUUUGAAGCUGGUUUUCUUGCUAACAACCUCCAUUUACAUGACCCCAACUGCAAUGGAACAAUCCAAGAUGGCAGACUGGUGUUUCACUUUGAUAAUGAUGACCACAUCUGUGGUACAAAUCUCACGGCCAAUGGUACCCAUUUCAUUUAUGAGAACAUAAUCCAAGGAGAGGUGGGCUCAACAACAGGCUCUAUUCACAGAAACAAAACACUGGAACUUAGCUUCUCCUGCAUCUACAAGCUUAGCGAGUCAUUGAGCAUGGACAGAGAGAUAAAUCCUAUUCAGAGCAUCGUGCACAAGACUCUUCCAGGUAAAGAGGGAAUGUACCAGAUCAAGAUGAUUCCCUAUAAGGAUUCUAGCUUCUCCCACCCUUACAAUGGCAGGGUAAAUAUAGAGGUGGGAGAGCAAAUCUACAUACGCGUCUUUGUUCAAGGAGUGGACAACCGUCAGCUUGCCACAGUGAUCGAUUCUUGUUGGGCUACACCAGUAAAUCAGAGGAACUAUUCUGUUCGCUGGGACCUUAUUACAGGAAAGUGUCCUAAUCCAAACGAUGCUACGGUGAAGAUUCUAGAGAAUGGAGUCUCUACAACUGGACGAUUCUCCUUUAAGAUGUUUUCUUUUAAUGAAGAUGAAUCUAGGGUUUUCCUUCACUGCAACAUUGACCUUUGUCUUCUAAGAAAUCAUAACUGUGCAACGCGUUGUUUCCCUGGAUACCACCACCGCUCAGGCAGGUCUUUGGGCACCCAUGAUAGUGCCUCCAUCUCCAUGGGGCCUUUUAUCCGGACCACCCAAAAAAGAGAUGUGUAGGACCAAGAGGAAAUGAAAAAGUCUUUCACUGGAUUUUCUGAGCAUCCAGAUCAUUAUGCUGUGUUUCUAUGACUUCUGAAUCAUAAAGCAAUAUUAAUCAUUAAUUAUCCUAUUAGUAAAUCAAUUAAAUUAUGUCUUUAUAUGUAUCUCAUGAUUAACUAAAAUAAUUCUGCACUAAUCCUGAAAAUGUUUCUGGUUUGUUUUAAAAUUUUAAUAAACUUCUACCUGUAUGCAUUA